CCGGGUCGCGCGUGCGCCUGCGCGGUGGGGCGGGGCCGCCGCCGGUGGCGGGAUGGCGGCGGCGGGCGGGCAGGGCGUGGGCACGGCGGCGGACUCGGACGGGGACGGCGAGGAGCUGGUGCUCACCCCGGCGCAGCUCAUCCGCAGCCUGGAGCAGGCCUGGCUGAACGAGAAGUUUGCGCCAGAGCUGCUGGAGAGCAAACCCGAGAUCGUGGAGUGUGUUGUGGAGCAGCUGGACCACAUGGAGGCAAACCUGAAACGGGCGAAGAGCGGAGACUUGAAGGUCAGCGUUCACCGCAUGGAGAUUGAAAGGAUCCGUUACGUGCUCAGCAGCUACUUGAGGUGCAGGCUUGUGAAGAUAGAGAAGUUUUUUCCCCAUGUUCUGGAGAAGGAGAAGUCACGAGCCGAAGGGGAGCCUUCCAUUCUGUCACCAGAGGAGUUCGCCUUUGCUAAAGAGUACAUGGCAAACACAGAGACUUAUCUAAAAAAUGUGGCCCUGAAACACAUGCCGCCCAACCUGCAGAAAGUGUCUCUCCUAAAAUCAGUUCCCAAGCCCAACCUGGACUCGUUUGUGUUCCUGAGGGUGUUGGAGCGGCAGGAGAACAUCCUGGUUGAGCCAGAGACGGAUGAGCAGAGGGAGUACACCAUCGACCUGGAGCAGGGCUCACAGCACCUCAUCCGCUACCGGACCAUCGCCCCGCUGGUGGCCUCAGGCGCCGUGCAGCUCAUCUGAGGGGCCAGUGGCUUUUCCAGGUGCGCAGUGCCGGGGCCGUCACCCCACCAGCCAUGCCCGUGGACCUGGCCGUGCGGGUCUGCCUGAGCCACUCACCCCCCAUCUGCAAGCUGCUGAACUCCUACGACGAGCUGCGGGUCAGCCGGGGGCGCAAACCCCUCAGAUCCUGUCUCAACCAAAGGCUGAGCACAGAACCUGAACCUGAGCGGCGGGACAGCACCAAGAGCUCCAAGGGCCAGAAGAAGAAGAGGGUUGUGUUCGCUGACAUGAAGGGGCUCUCGCUGACAGCUGUCCGCUUCUUCUCAAAGAUCGAGGAGGACCUCUGCGACUUGCAGCAUGCCCUGUCUGACCUUGCCUGCUUCCGACCCAGGCUGCGGAGCUCCUGCCGAGAGGUGUGCAGGUAUGUGCUGGACUUUCCACAGCCCUCUGUGGACUACGUGACUUUCCGCAGCCGCCUGCACAGCAACCUUGUCUGCUUGGAGAACUGCCUGAUCCAGGACCGUGCCCUGUCCGGGACAGUGAAGGUCAGAAACAUUGAGUAUGAGAAGAAAGUGAUGGUCCGCAUCACCUUUGAUGGCUGGAAGAGCUUCCGAGAUAUCUCCUGCCAGUAUAUGCACAGCACGUAUGGCUCAGCUGACACAGACACUUUCUCCUUUGAGCUUGCCCUGCCCAAGCCAUCUGUCUCUUGCAGGGCCACAGAGUUCUGCAUCUCCUUCCAGUGCAGACAGAAGACCCACUGGGACAACAACCACGGGAGGAACUACAGGAUCUGCCCUGUGGGCGUGACCCGCCCUCCCUCCCGCGCCGUGAAGAGUGCCAGCAGUGCCUGGGAGCACCUCGGCACCUCUCGAGCUGCUGCCCUGGUCCUCUCUCACCUGCAGACCUGGCGCCGCACGGAGGCCCAGGCUCCCUACUGGUAGGACAGCAGUGUGUGCAGAGGUUGUAGGUCCCUUCCCUGUCCCCGCUGUGGUACAGGGGCUGUGGGGAGGGGUCAGCCGCAGAAGGUGCUGCUCCCAGUUUGUUGGCUUCUCCAUGUGUCCAACCUGCUGCUGUACAAGCGGCUGCCACUCUCCAUGGAAGCUCCUUCACCGCUGGCUGGAAGCUGCCGCUCAGCGUGACUCAAGGUGACACUGACCCGAGAGGGACGGAGGAACAGCUGCAGCCCCCGGGCUGUCUGUCAGGCGCUUCGGGUGGAACCAGCGUGUGAGCAGCCGGGUCCCAGUGCUGGCCAAGUGCCUUGUGCAGAGCUGCUGGGCAGGGGCUGCGCUCCCCGUGUGACAGCGGCGCAGCAGCCGCCGGCGGGUCCCGCGGGGGUUCCGGGCCGGGGCCGCCCCGGGCGCGGUGCGUGUAACGGGGGUUAAUAAAGUGACUUGGCGACCGCG